GUGACUGGGUGGACUUUGAGCCAGUGUCGGGACGGACGGAGCCGGGAAAUGUGGGGCCUUUUCCGACGGUGCAUUCCCAGUUUUGGGUGGAUUUUGCAGGGAACCAGUCCCAUUGACAGCCUCCUACAGGGUGCGAUUGCCGCCUGUGCCGUCUCUAUUCUCAACCACCUGCUGCGGAUCCACCUUCACAUCCAAUGUUUGAAUGAUCCUACCCGUGUUGACAUCACAGCUGCAAAAUUCCAUACGCCACGACAAAUCCUACAUUCUCUGCACCUCUGCAUCCUGACCGCCCUAUUCUCCUCCGUGGGAUCGAGAGUGGCCUCUCUCGUGGUGUUGGAGUUCUCACUUCGAACAGUUUCGGUAUUGCUUUCCAACAACCGUUCCACAUCCAAUAAACAGAUCUUCCUCCUGUGCCAGUUCUCCCUGGGAUGCGGAAUGACAGCCAGCUUAAGCUUCCUGAAUGAGGGGGCUCCUCACUCGACGUUAAGCUUGGUGCUGAGCACGGCUCUGACUGGCCUCAUUAUGUGCUACGUGUGGAAACUCUCAAAGCACAUCAGCCUGAUGUACGAGUUACACAGCAAGGAGCAGUACUGUGGGGUUUGCAUCCUCCUCCUGACCACCUGGCACGACAUUCCCAAGCUGCUGUGCAAUGCCUUGAAAGUAGCAUUCAUUGUGGCAGACGUGGCAGCCAUCUUCCUCAUCAACAGAGACUUCAUCACCACCUCCGAGGCAAUAAGAUUCUGGACGCCCCUGACCAUCUGUUACACACUGCUGGUGAUCUACAUGCAAGAGGAGCAGAAGCAGAAUCCAGGUGAGCAGACGACUUACCAGACGGUGGCUGUGAGGAUGGGUGGGCUGCUGAUCCUGACCCUGACAGUGGGGAGGUGGAUAGACGUGGUCCACGUGCUGCUGUCCCUGUUCGGAGAAAUGUGGUGCCUGAUCCGAGCCGGAGCAAUGCUGGAGAUCUGCAGACAGCAGGAUCCCCCAGGCCUCCAUCACAGAGGAGGGAUAAGACAACCUCGGCUCAGUGCACAGAGGAGAUGGAAAGUAUCUGACAUCCAAACUUCAGAUCAUUAAAAAAGACAGCAGCUUACUAGGAAGUGGAUCUGGAUUGUGUAUGGAGACCAACUGAUUCAGCCUUGACUAUUUCAACGUUUUUUUAAUUUGCUCUUUGUAUCGACUUGGAGGGAGGGGAAAAGUUGCUGAACACCAAACCCUAAAACUAUAAUGCUCUCAACAACAGGGCUUUGUUGGUAGGUGUGAAGGGGCAUAAAAUAUCCCGGGAUAUGAGUCUUUCUGAGUUGCCGUUUCCUCAUUAUUGUGGUGGUGGGGUAUUAAUUUUGUGGGUAAUUACACUAGAGUGUUUCCCUUGAAACACCAGCAGGGACUCUCAUACAGUUUAGUAAACUGGUCGUGUGGGUGGGAGGAGGCAACUCCCUGCACUGACUCUGCUAUUUCCAUUUCUGCCCCCCACGUAUGUCUUUUUAAAGAUGAAGCAUCCUGGCCUGUCCACUCUCCAAGGUGAAGGCACCACCAACUGGUACUGAGGCAGGAAGAUCACCAGGUCUUUGUUGCACCUGCUGAUCACAGCUGAGGGGAGGGAGGUUUUAGUGGUUCUUGUCAAUGUUAACUUGGGGAUGCCCACACUAAUUGAAGCAAAGGAAAAAAAUUAGCUAGAAUUCCUGAUACUGAUCAGUCUAUGUCUGAAGCUUGUGCAGUAAGGGAAGGUAUUGUGCUUAGUUUAGAUCCCUCUUGUAAUUAAAUAUUCUGCUAGUAUUCAGAUGAGAAGAUAUGAUGUCGUGAGCAUUUAUGGAGCUCCUUAACUCAAUAUGUAUUGACACAUUUGGAUGAUAGAGAAAAUUGAAUGAAAAAUUAUUUUAGUUUUGUAUUUGCAAUUUAUGCUACAUCAUUAUCAAGCAGAUUUUCAGUAUGCACAGUCAGACUUUGAAAUGGUGUAGAAAUGAUAGACAUUUUUAAUGAAUCUAAAAUAUUUCCUAUGUGUGUCCUGCCACAAGUCUGUUAUGUGGGAGCUCAAAGGCAUGUAAACUGGAAAUGUUUUUUCUGUUGUCAUCUACCUCAGGUUUGUUUUGUCAUAUUCUGUGUAAAAUUUAUUGA